AUGGCAGCAAAGGGGUGCAGGAUUGGGGUGCAGAGCUGCAGGUCUGGAGUGCGUAGGUGCAGGGCUGGGGUGCAGGGUUGGGGUUCAGGGAUUCAGGGCGCUCCAACCCACCCUCCUCCGUACUUCAGUGUUGCUUUGCAGGACCCGAGGCUGCCGCGCCAGCGGAUCCCGCACCCCCGAGGGCCCCUCUCCGCCCCGGGACGUCCUUCGGGCAGGAUGUUCCCCCCGCCGGGCUGCAGGAGGGGCUUCCCCAGGGAGCCCGGCCCGUGGGGGGAUGGAGCAGGGCCGUGCCCCCCUCCCGGCCCCGAGGACGCCUGGGAUGAGCCGCCCUGGGAGCAGCGGCGCAGGAGGGGCUGGGGCGGAUGGAACCGGGAAACAUCUGUCCCCCACUUCCCCUCCAGUGCCAGCUGCUCUCAGGACACGCUGGGUUUCACAUCCUCGUGGUGUUUAAUUUUGGGAUGUUUGAUCCAGGCUGCUCUGAGCUUUCCUCAGCACCACCAGCAGCGUGACGCCCUCCUCCACCGCUGUGGCCCCGAUGGCAUCCCUUGGAAUGAGGAGGAGGAGGACAGGAUGUGGGCACCGCACAACUACCCCCUGCCCCCCUGGGAUGGCAGAGGGGACAUGCGAGGACCCGAGGAGGAUUUCACCCAGGACUGGUUCCCAGAGCUGCAGCCUGGCCCCUGUCCUGAACCCCUCUUGGAGGAGGAGCAGCCCCCACCCUGGCACCCUGCUGGCCCACCAGGGAGACGAGGGGGGGGCCGUGGUGGGGGCCCCCCCUGGGACUGUGGCCCCCCCUGGAACUGUGACCCCCCCUGGGACUGUGACCCCCCCCGGGGGAGACGCGGCCGACGCCUUCGCAGGAGCCGCCGGGAGCUGACCCUGGUCCCGUGUGGGUGGGGUCCCAGACCCCCCAGAGGGCACAAACCACCCUCCAGGGCCUCCCCUUCCUGCCCCAAGCCGAGCCAGCCGGCGACCAGGAAAGAGCUGCAGCCCCCUGAUCCUCCCCAGCCACCCGUGUCCCCCCAGGGGCCUGUGGAGAGGCCGGAACAGACCCAGGACCUGCCAGAGGGGAGUGGGGAGGUCCCCAAGACCCCUGAGCCAUCCAGGACCCCUCCCAGGAGCCCGGACACCGAUCCCUGCGCUGCGGGGCCGGAGCAGGAGUCUCCAGGGACACCGGUUGAGCCAGGAGCUGAGCAGACACCUCUGGGCAGCCAGGAGCAGGAUCCCUGUGCUUUGGGAGCGGAGCCAGUCCCGCUGGAGGAGAACUCUGCCGUGGCAGGGGAGCAGCUCGAGGUAGAGCCGGGCAGUCCAGCUGCCCCCGAGGCUGGCACAGGUGAUGGGUCACAUCCCCACAGCCCAGCAGCCCCUCUGGAUCCUGCUGGGAGGGAACACCCGGCACCCAGCUGCUCUGCAGAGGUGGGUGCUGAGCUGAGCCCACGUUCCCGGGGCGAGCAGUGUUUGCCAAGUGGAGCUGGAGAAGCCGAGGCAGAAGCUGCCCACGAUGGGGGGGGUCUCAGCUCUGUGGCAUGUCCCCCUCCCCAGCUUCUCGAGAGCCUUCAGCCACCUGAAAACUCUCAGGUCCCUCCAGAACCUGCAGCAGAAGCUGAUGCACAGCCCAGCCAGGCUUGUCCUGAUCCCUGCACCUCACCAAAGACCUCACCGGGGCCCCAGCACCCUCCUGGCUCCAGUGAGACAAACCCGGCUGGGGAUGGAGAGCAGCAGCUCUGCUUCAGGCUCCCGACGCCCUCCCCAUCCCGCCGGGAUCUCCGCUCCGCCGCCGUCCUCGCCAGGAAGGAGGCCAUCGAGCUGUCGUACCAGCAGUUCAGCCUCAACAUCGCGGUGGUGGCCACGAUGCUGCUGCAGAAGGAGCCCUCCAUGGAGGAAACCCUGGGGCUGGCACUCAGGGCCAACCUGCGCCAGGGCCGGAUCCACCACCUCCGGGAGCUGGAGGAUUUCAUCAACAGCUACGACUCGGCCACCCCCAGCCCCUGAGGAGACACCCCCUCCUCCAGCCGGGCUGGGAGGGAUGUGGGGGCUGUGCCAGGGCACUGCUGUGCUCAGGUGGUGCUGAGCCUGUGGGUCAGGGCGGCAUGGACAUGUUGGCAGUCCCACCAAAUCUCCUGGAGAGGGAGGAAGGUGGGGGUGUGCUUAGUUUUAGCCCUGCCCAAACCUCUGUGUGCAGCCAAAGGAGGAGCUGGUGUUACUGGCUGGUGGUGGGAGGGAGGGAGAGCAGCAGCCCCUCUCCUCCAUCCAGGCUCCUCUCUCCGUUCCUUGUUCCCCGGGAUGUGCCCACAAACCUUGGGAGUUGUUUUUGGUUUUAAAUCUAAAAAUAAACCCUGUUCUUG